GGUAGCUGCGCCCGGAGCCCCGAGACCGCGCGCGGAGCUGCUUGCGGCGCCUCAGCCGCGGCGCCGCGCUUCGCGGGACGGGCCCGGGCCGCGUCAUUCCGCGCGGGAACGCGGUUGUGAGAGCGGGCGGGUGGCGCCGGGAAGCGGUGUGGCGGUGAGCGAGCAGCACGGCAGCGUUUAGAGGAGCUGGGCGUCCUUGGGUUGAACUCCGUCUCCGCCUUCCCUGCACGUCAGAGGAUUACAGGUGGAGAAUGCGAAGCCAAGUAAAGGCUUAGAAUAAGGAAAUAUGGCCUGAAUGAAGUUGCCUCUGCCUUCUAAAGGCUUUGAAGUUUUGUCAUGGCAGAAGCUGGGUCUUCAGGACUUAAAAGGCCUGGAACAAGUUUGUCACUUGGUAAAAAUAAAAGGAAAAGAGGAACAACAAAAAAAGUGGAAGGUAAAGGAACACCAUCUAUACCUCCAGCAUCCUCCUCUAUUAUUUCCCUUUUUAACAAUGCUCCCCCUGCCAAAAUUACCUGUUCCAUGUGUGGGCAAGUGGUGCCGAUGUACAGAAUUAAUGAGCACAUGGAUGAAACAUGUCAGAGAAAUCAUGGCAAGACUGGUGUCAAUGAUUCAACACUCAGCUCUGUUAGGAAUGGGAGCCCCCCAGCUGCAAAUGUGAACAAUAAUUCCAGCUUGUACUUUUCAGAAAACCCCUUAAAUCUAGAAACAAGUCCUUCCAAAAGCAGUUCAUUGAAAACAGAAGCAAGUACAGCACAAGUAAGUCCUUAUUUUAGCAAUAGUAGUUCACUUUGUAGUGUCAACAGUGAACCACAGGCUGAAAUAGUUAGAAUAGUCUCUUUGGGAAGCUUGUCAUCUAAACUGUCCAGAAGACGUAUCCAGGGAGGAAAACAGAUCACGUAUAAAGAGAUCAACUCUUCACCUCCAGCGGUUCACAGUAUGUGCAAAAGUGCUGCAGCACAGAAUAGUGAUGAUGAGAUUUAUGCUGGGAAUAGUUCUCAGAAAGAAAAUCAACUUGCUCAGACAGAGCACCAGGAACAAAAUGUAUCAAAGGAACCCAAAUUACAAGAAAUAAACAAAUAUAAUGGAGAAGAUCUUGUGGAUAUUGUUGAGGUAUCAUCACCAGCUGCUAACAUUAACGGUCAAAGGUUACCUGUUGGUACAGGGAGCACCAAAACAGAAAGGUCUGAAGGUGUGAUACAUACUCCUGACAAAUUCGAAACACAUCCAGCUAUUUCUACUUCAGCAGAGCUGCUCAGUAGUUUGGAAGUCAAGACUCAGCCUCAUACUCAGCAUAUUCCUUCUUCCAAGAAGGAAGUGAACUCUGGUACACAAAAUUGCUUUAGCAGAGGUGAUAAACACGUACUUCCUGUGGAAGUUCAUGAAGACUUUAAGAAUGAGAUUAAUAAUACUUUGUCAGAAACUGUGAAAGAGGUAGAAUUUCAAAAUUCCAUUGGGGACAUUUUAGACCAGAUAAAUGACAUUUGCUCUUCUGGUCACCCAUAUUACCUCCAGAAUUUUUUAGUGGUGCUGCGAGCAGUCUUGGAGAACGAAGAUGAUGUCAGACUGUUUGAUGACCAAGAUAUGAACAUUAUAACCAAGUUCUGCAAGUUAUCAGUUGGAGGGCAGAAGUUAUAUGUGAGACUUUUUCAACGCAAGCUGAACUGGUUAAAGGUGAACAAGAUAGAGUAUGGAGAGAUAAGUGUGGAUCUAUCACCAAUAAUUGAAGAACUGGCUGAAGCCAGAUUUCUGCAAACAGAAUCUGAACUGGAAGACCUGUGUGAAGGGUUGGAUUUGCUUUCAGCCCCUGAGCUAAAAACAUUGGCAAAGAUCUUUCAUUUGCCUAACACAAAUGGUCAGAAACAGCAACUUGUGGGUGAUUUUCUGAGUUUGGCUAAACAACGUUCAGUCUUCAGCAGGAGCCAGGCUGGUAUUGGGACAGUGAUUUUAAAAAGGGUGAAGGACCUGGCUGGAAAAUCUGUCAGGGUCUGUAAAGGCCCUCGAGAUGUCUUUUCUCGAAUUCUGCUGCUAUUUUCACUGUCUGAGUCAAUGGAGGAUGAAGAAGCUGGUAGCGCUGGUCAAGGACAGCUCUUCACAGUCCUUAUGGUAAACAUGGGGCGUAUGGUAUUCCCCAGUUACACUGUAAAUAGGAAAACACAGGUCUUCCAGGACAGAGAAGAUCUUAUCAGGUAUGCAACUGCUGCUCAUCUGUCAAAUGAUAUAGCCACUGCAAUGGUAAAUGGGAACUGGGAAGAAGCUAAUCAUCUGUAUAUGUGCGCGAAAGAAACCUGGAACAAGCUGAAAAAUCACCCUUCUUUGAGCUAUCACAGAGUUUUACCUGAGUACUUGAGACAUUUCACAGUUGGCUGGGUGUAUACAAGAAUCCUUUCUCAAGGUGUUGAAAUUUUGCAGAGACUUCAUAUGUAUAAGGAAGUGGUGGAGGAGCUGCGGUCUCUUCUGUCUCAGGAUGUGUAUUGCACUGACAGCAGAGGGCGGUGGUGGGAUCGCCUAGCUCUGAAUUUACAUCAGCACUUGAAGAACACUAAGAAGGCCAUUGACUGCAUCAGAAAUGGCCUGGCAGACCCGUUUGUACGUACUGGGCAUCGGCUGUCUCUCUACCAGCGGGGCCUAAGAAUCAGAGACUCACCAAGCUGCAAGCAGUUCAGAUGCCUGCUCCAUGAUCUGCCAGCCAUACCCGUGCAGGAUGUGACACACGUUACAAUCAAAGGAAAGAUGUGCCCUCAGACGGGAAUGGGAAAAUCUGUAUUUCUAAUGGAGGAUAUCGAUGACGAAGAAGGAGGCAAAGACAUCAGUGUAUCCACAGUCAUGUGUUCAGUUGAGGAGUUGGCAUUAACUCAUUACAGGCAGAAUGGUUAUGAUCAGGGUAUUCAUGGAGAAGGCUCAACGUUUAUCACACUCUAUGGUAUUCUAAUGUGGGAUAUCAUUUUCAUGGAUGGCAUACCCGAUGUUUUCAGAAAUUCCUAUCAGACUUUCCCCCUGGAUUUAUACACUGACAGCUUCUACGAGAACAGGAGGGAUGUCAUUGAGGCCAGCCUUCAUCAGCUGCAGACAGCUUCCUCAGAGACACUGGCAAAGCUGAUUGCUGACGUCUGGACGGCACAGGAGGGAAAAGCAGCAGCACUGGUUAGCUGGGGGCGUUUUAGUUCCCUCCAGCAAGUUCAGAGCCUGGUCUCCUGCCUCGGGGGAAGGUUUCUGAGCGGUGUUUUCCGGCGACUGUGCAGGGAUCUGCGGCACUGCCGCGCGGGGCUGCCUGACUUGGUCGUGUGGAGCACUCACACCCAGCACUUCAAGCUGGUGGAAGUGAAGGGGCCCAAUGACCGCCUGUCCCACAAGCAGAUAAUAUGGCUGAGUGAACUGAAGAAGCUGGGUGCGACAGUAGAAGUGUGUCAUGUGCAAGCCACUGGAGGCAAGAGUAAACGCCUUGGGUAGUAACAGAGCUCUGGAGCACUUGGGUAACUUGGGUGAUUUUAAAGGAACUGGCAUCACACACACACCACUGGCUGCUGCUUAUUAAAAGUAGUUUCUUCUGAAAA